GACUGCGUUCCAGUGGUUUAUGCGGUUCGUUGUCCCUCGCAAAAAUCUAUAAAGCUUUCCUCUCCGAGGUUCUUCUGAGGGACUCCCUUGCUGUCGAGUAUUCUCACCGGUGCCCUUAUGAUGCUCACGAUUCUCCUCGCUGCACUGGUCGCGUCCGUCGCGUCCACGUGCGCGCUGGCGCAGGUAACGAUUCCCAACGACGAUCCGCUCAUCUACUACAACGGGCGGUGGGACGAGACGCCCGAGACGUGGUGGACCGGCUCCGGCUUCAAGCUGCACGCCGCGAACCUCUCCUCGCUCACGCUCAACCUCGGGCCGUACACGUCCGACCCGGUCCUCCUCGGCGUGAGCGUCGACUACGGCGAUUUCGCGUUUUUGAACGCGACGCAGGGCGCGAACGUCAUUCCUCUCGCGGGGCUGGAGGAGGGGAAGGCGGCGGCUGUUGUGAGGAUCAACUCGCCUGGUUGGGAGGAGAACAAUAUGAAUUUAGACAGCAUUGAGCUCAACGAGGGCGCGUCGUUGUUACCGUACGAGCCUUCGAAGUUGGUGUUCCAGUUCAUCGGUGAUUCUCUGUCAGCGGGUCAGUUCCUUGACGGUGGGGUCGAUCAAGCCUGGCCGUUCCUCACCGCGGAGUACUUUAAGGCGGAGCACAAUAUCAUGGCUCAGCCCGGUAUCGCGUUGACGGACAUCGACUCAUACGGCAAUGUCCACGGUAUGGACUACCAGUUCUUCAUGACUGAGGAUACGCAAUCAUAUUACGAUGCUCUACACAAUUACACGACACCAUGGGACUUUUCCAGGGAUCAGCCUCCGGCGACCCACGUUGUGAUCCUCAUUGGAGCGAACGACAGCGGAAACAAUCUGACCGCGAGCACAUUCUACGACUCGUACACGACCUUCCUGGACAAGAUCCGCCUCAUUUACCCCACGCAGCCGUUCCUCAUCUUCCUGCCCUGGGGCUGGCCGAGCGCUGAUGCUCCCCCUGCGCCUUAUUACGUGGGGAUCUACCAGGAGGUGGUGCAGUACCGGAAAAGUCUCGGAGACGAGAACAUCUAUCUGGUGAACGCGACUGGCUGGGUCGAGUACACAGACGUGUUCCCGAGCAAUCUGCACCCCACCGUGGCCGGGCACGAGAAGAUCGCGGGCCUUUUUGAGAGCUGGCUCGAGGACUGGGGGUUGCGCCCGGAGGGGGAGUGGGCUACGCCCGUUUAG